GAAGCCUGGGUGCUGCCUACCCUCCUGCCUUCAUUUCCCAUCGUGCUGAGGCGGGUGGUAUGGCGGAGAAGGAUGACACCGGAGUUUGACGAAGAGGUGGUUUUUGAGAAUUCUCCACUUUACCAGUACUUACAGGAUUUGGGACACACAGAUUUUGAGAUAUGUUCUUCUUUGUCACCAAAACCAGAAAAAUGCUCGACACCAGAGGGACCUCAGCCUCCACCCACCAGAGUCCUACAGAAACAAGGCAUCCUGUUGAAACUGACAGAAACCAUCAAGAGUUGGACUUUUUCUUCUCAGCACAGUAAGAAAGAUGACUUACUCCACAAGUUGGACACCGGAUUUCGACUGGACUCAUUGCAUACCAUCCUGCAACAGGAAGUCCUACUGCAAGAGGAUGUGGAGCUGAUUGAGCUGCUUGAUCCCAGCAUCCUGUCUGCAGGGCAACCUCAGCAGGAAAAUGGCCACCUUCCAACACUCUGCUCCCUGGCAACCCCUAAUAUUUGGGAUGUCUCCAUGCUGUUCGCCUUCAUUAGUUUUCUCAUCAUGUUUCCCACGUGGUGGAUUGUGUCUUCCUGGCUGGUAUGGGGAAUAAUUCUAUUUCUUUACUUGAUCAUACGAGUUUUGAAAUUAUGGAGGACAGCCAAACUGCAAAUGACUCUGAAAAAAUAUAGGGUCCGUUUGGAAGACAUGGCAGCCAAUAGCCGAGCCUUCACUAACCUUGUGAGAAAAUCACUACGUCUCAUCCAAGAAACUGAAGUCAUUUCCAGGGGAUUUACUCUUUUGCUUGACAGGGUCAGUGCUGCUUGCUCAUUUAAUAAGGCUGCACAGCAUCCCAGCCAGCAUCUCAUCGGCCUUCGGAAAGCCGUCUACAGGACCGUCAGAGCCAACUUUCAAGCCGCAAGGCUAGCUACCCUGUACAUGCUGAAAAACUACCCCCUGAACUCUGAGAGUGACAAUGUCACCAACUACAUCUGUGUGGUACCUUUUAAGGAGCUGGGGCUUGGACUCAGUGAAGACCAGAUCUCAGAAGAGGAGGCCCAUAACUUGACAGAUGGCUUCAGCCUGCCAGCCUUGAAGGUUUUGUUCCAGCUCUGGGUGGCACAGAGUUCAGAGUUCUUCAGACGCCUAGCCCUGUUACUUUCUACAGCGAAUUCGCCUGCAGGGCCCUUACUCACUGCUGCACUUCUGCCUCAUCGGAUUCUCUGUGAUGUGACUCAAGGUCUACCUCAUGCUCAUUCUGCCUGCUUGGAAGAGCUAAGGCGCAGCUAUGAGUUCUUUCGCUACUUUGAAACUCAGCACCAGUCAGUCCCCCAGCGCUUAUCCAAAACUCAGCAGAAAUCAAGAGAGCUGAAUAACGUCCACACGGCAGUGCGCAGCCUACAGCUCCAUCUGAAAGCACUGCUGAAUGAAGUAAUAAUUCUUGAAGAUGAACUUGAAAAGCUCGUUUGUACUAAAGAAACACAAGAGCUGCUAUCAGAGGCUUACCCGGUAUUAGAGCAGAAAUUAAAACUGAUUGAGCCACACGUUCAGGCCAGCAACAGUUGCUGGGAAGAAGCCAUUUCUCAAGUGGAUAAACUGCUCCGGAGGAAUACAGAUAAAAAAGGCAAGCCUGGAGUAGCGUGUGAGAACCCACACUGCACCGCGGUGCCCUUGUUGCGGCCUACUCUACACAUUGAGGACAGAGAUCCCAUCCCUGAGGAGCAGGAAUUAGAAGCUUAUGUGGACGACAUAGACAUAGAAAGUGAGUUCCGGAAGGACGAUCCAUAUCACUUGUCUCAGGAAGACAAAGAGAGACAGAAGCGGGAGCAGGAGGAGUCCAGGAGGGUGCUGCAGGAGCUAAAAUCUGUGCUGGGAUUUAAAGCUUCCGAGGCAGAAAGGCAGAAAUGGAAGCAGCUGCUGUUCAGUGACCACGCUGUGUUGAAAUCCUUGUCUCCUGUAGACCCAAUGGAAUCUGUAAGUAAUUCAGAAACACCCAUGAAUUCAGAUACAGACAAGGUCCAUAGUAAUGCUACCGACGUGGAGACUAGUAAGCCCUGUGCCGGCGACAAGGAAGACAGUAGGACUGAGUAUGUGUGCGAUGGCCCUCCACAGGGGCAGAGUAAAGACACCUCUGCAGACGAAGGCCCCCUCCGAGGAGCCGAGGAAACAGUGUGCUUCCAGUGUGAGAGUGAGGCUGAGUCUCCUCAAGCCGCUGCUGCGGGGGCCACCGCCCCGACUCCCAGGGACUCACUCCAGCUCUCCAUUAAGCAGAGGCUGGCUCGCCUCCAGUUGUCACCAGAAUUCACCUUCACUGCUGGCCUGGCUGCAGAAGUGGCCGCCAGGUCUCUGUCCUUUACCACCAUGCAGGAACAGACUUUUGGCGACGAGGAGGAAGAACAGCUAGUUGAAGGAGGUGAAAAUGAGGUGGAGGAAAAAUAAAAGCCAAGAUGAAGUGAUGUCCUCGAUUGUUCCUUUUACAAAAGUGUUCUAGCUGCAAGACUGGGAAGGGAAAUGAGUGUGUGUUUACUCUCUAUAAAGCUACGGCGCGAAUUUACAGGGUGAAUACUGAAUUGAAAACCUGACCUGAAAUUAGUAGACACCUGUAUAGGCAGAUCCUUUAGGCAUAGGAGAGAAAGGUAAGGGCUUUUUUUUUUUUUUUAAAUAAACUUCUGUUUUAUUUGUGGCAAACCUGAUCAUCUUGGCAAAUCUUUAAAUACUUUUAAUAAGAAUGAAUUUAUCAUUUUUUGCCAAAACUUUGCUGCCACGAGGUCACUAGGAUGAUUCUCUUGCAGAGCAUAAACAUUUAGAAUGAGCCCUUUCUACUGUGUCUUUGCAGGGGUAACUGCAACAGUCGUGUUAAUACAUUGUUCGUAUUUUAUUUUGUUUAUACCACUCUUAAAAACAAAGAUACAGGUUCUAAAUAAAAGUAUUUAAUUACUACAA